AUGGAAAGUUCAACAGUCUCGACUGUGGAAGACGUUACACUUGCACGUAGAGGGUUUUACGUCACGGGCACUUUAAUCCUAGCUCCUCAUCAUCUUGUCUUCAGUUUUAUCCCAACCACAGCAAAUAAACCUAUAGAUAAAACGAAAGCGCCCAUUCCCAGAGAAAUAUGGAUAUGUUAUCCUAUUAUUGAAAGGAUAUCAAAGGCACGAGGCUCCUCGUGGAUUAAUGCUAAUAAUGGUAACCAAGAUGCCACCCCACCCCCUUUUCUUCGCAAUACAACUCCACCAAAGGAGAGUAACGACGGUGCUAGCGCUGGCAACUCUCAUAUGCUGAGCCUGACAGGAAAUUUACAGAGUAAUGCUGAAGGUACAUCCGAAGAGAAAAAAGUUGAUAUGGCUGAACUGCAGCCGGCAUUGACACCUAUGAAACAACAGAGUACUGGGCUUCAUCAGAAGCACAAUGGUCGUAGUCAUCACCACCAUUCUAACGGUUCAGGCUUUACAUCAAGCUUUGGAUCGUCGAAAAUGGACCAUUACUCUGCAUCUCACAUUCGGAUUCAAUGUAAGGACUUUACCUACUACUCAUUUGACUUCGCAAACGAUGGAACCUGUACUGAUGUGUUCCAGAAACUCAGUACCCUCAUUACGUUGCCCAAGGCAAAGUCGGAUAUUCUGAAGUUUUAUGCCUUCUCGUAUAACCCCAAUAAGCUAGAGGGCGGUCUCACUCCAAAGGGUUGGGAUUUGUAUAGCCCUGAAAAGGAGUAUUCUAGAUUGGGACUAACUGCAGCAUCUGAUAACAAGAACACGGGCGUGAACGACACUGAAGCGAACGAAAAUAAUGAACCAGAAGGGUUUUGGAGAAUUUCCAGUAUCAACAAUAAUUACUCUUUCUGUUCAUCAUAUCCAAGGAUGUUUGUAGUCCCUUCGACAAUAUCUGACAACGUUUUGAAGCAUGCAGGGAAAUUUAGAUCCAAGCAAAGAAUACCAGUGGUAGUAUAUAGACACAAGUCAAGCAUAAAUGGUAACGUCAUUGCAAGGUGUGCCCAGCCAUUGGUUGGGCUAAAGCUUCAAAAUAGAUCCUUGCAAGAUGAGAAACUCAUAGGUGAAAUCUUCCAAAGCCAGGAGCGUGAAAAGGUUCACAGGGUUAAGUUAUUGGAAGAGGGUGGAGAAGAUGAAGGUGUAUCUGAAACUGGAUACAAUGAGCAACCGCAGAGAAAUCUAAUUAUUGAUUUGCGUCCAAUAGCAAAUGCUAUGGCUCAACAUGCAUUAGGGGCAGGGACUGAAAGCAUUGAUAAUUAUAGAGGAAGGGCCGUCGGCGGCGGCAAUGAAAGUCCUGAUCUGAAUUCUAGAAUAGUUGAUAAAAUUUUCUGUAAUAUUGAUAACAUUCAUGUUAUGCGAGAUUCAUUAAACAAAUUGACCACUAUCCUUAACGAUUUAGAUAAAUAUCCACUUCAGAAUCAAGAUGGAUCUAGUAAUCAAGGAUUUCCCUUGUUACAGCAAUCUUUAACCAAAACACAGUGGCUACACAGACUCUCUAUUAUCUUACAAUCAGUUGACAGGAUUACGAAGUCAAUACAUUUAAACAACACUAACGUAGUUAUCCAUUGUUCAGAUGGUUGGGAUAGAACUUCACAAGUGUCUGCUCUUCUGCAGUUGUGUCUUGAUCCAUACUAUAGAACUAUUGAAGGAUUCAUGACCUUAGUUGAGAAAGAAUGGGUCAGUUUUGGAUUUAAAUUCGCUAUGAGAAGCGACCACGGGGGUUGUAUCGGGGCUAAAUACUCCAACAGUAAUUCGAACCAAAGCAAGAAACGGCAAAAUGAUGUUGAUACUCAGGAUUCUGAAGCACCACAGUCCCAAUCUCAAGUAUUGCAACAGCUGCAAGCAGUCACAUCUCAAUUAUCUAGUAAUGGUGCCAAAGUUGCUUCAUUUUUACAGAGAGCAGCCACUCAUAUCAAGAACACUGCUGUCUCAGCAUCAAACCAAGCAUCCGAAAUUGACAUUGAAGAUGGGAAACUUUCAUUUUCUGGCUCAUCUUACAACGGUAGUAGCGAGAAGUCUCCCAUUUUCCAUCAGUUUUUGGACUGUGUUUAUCAAUUAUACCGUCAACACCCUUCCAAGUUUGAGUUCAACAGUAGAUUUUUGAAGAGAUUAUUCUAUCAUCACUACUCUUGUCAAUAUGGAACAUUCUUAUGUAAUUCCGAAAGAGAAUUGGAAGAAAUUCAUAAAUUGCAGAACUCCACUAUUAGUGUUUGGGACUACUUUAACUCUAGAACUGCUGAGUUCACAAAUCCUACAUACGUCAAAAACGAUAAUGAAGAAGAUGAUGGUGUUUUAUUUUUCAAUUUUACUGAUAUUAAAUGGUGGUUCGAGCUAUACGGAAGAUCUGAUGAAGAGAUGAAUGGUCUUUCAAAUAGUUUAGAUAGAAAGUUUGCCAGCAUGAAACUAAAUAGAUAG